AUCAAAAAUAAAAACAAAGUUUUUAUCGACAAAAGGCUAAAAGUUAUUCCUUAAAUUUAUUUGGAAAUUGUUGAUUAUCUUCAGUGCUAGAUAGUUCAAUAAGCAGACAAAAUGGGUAAGAAACAGCACCAGAAGGACAAAAUGUACCUUACGUACACGGAGUGGUCCGAGUUCUACGGCGGCCACAAACCGGGCUCGGUCGAAAACGAACAGAUCAAGUUCAAGCGGCUCCCGUUUGACCACUGCUGCCUGACGAUGGUUCCUUUCGAGCAUCCUUAUGCGGACACGGAUGGAAACAUCUUCGAGCUGGCCGCGAUUGUCAGCUUCCUGAAGCAGUUUAAGGUGAAUCCCGUCAGUGGUAAGCCACAGGAUGGCAAAUCGCUUAUCAAGCUCAACUUCAGCAAGAAUCACGAAGGGCAAUAUCACUGUCCAGCUCUGUUUAAGCCUUUCACCAAGAAUUCUCAUAUCGUGGCCAACGGCAAGACUGGAAUUGUAUUUUCUCACGAAGCCAUCGAGCAGCUGAACGUGAAAGCCAAGAACUGGAAAGAUCUGCUGGAUGAUACCCCGUUCACUCGAAAGGAUCUGAUUACCAUACAGGAUCCGGCUAGUUUGGAGAAGUUUAAUAUUACCACAUUCCAUCACAUCCAGAAAAAGCUGCGGGUGCAAACUGAAGAGGAACUGGCCGAGAAGAAAGAUCCGCAGGCUCGGUUGAAAACUAUUUCGAUGGAGACGAGGGAAAUUCUUGAUCAGCUGGAAAAGGACUACAAAGCUCCUGAGGAGAAAUCCGAGGAUCAUAAGGUGGCCGACAAAUUCAAUGCAGCGCACUACUCGACGGGGGCAGUGGCUGCAGCCUUUACAUCGACGGCAAUGAUGCCGGUAUUGAAUCAUGAAGCAGCGAUUAUUGAGGAGGAUGUUAUUCGAUAUGAGCGGGUCAAAAAGAAGGGCUAUGUACGCAUGCUCACAAACUUUGGAGCACUUAACUUCGAGUUGUACUGCGAUCAGGUGCCAAAAGCAUGCGAAAACUUCCUGAAACAUUGUUCGACCGGUUAUUACAAUGGGUGCAUAUUCCAUCGGUCGAUUAGGAAUUUCAUGAUUCAAGGAGGUGAUCCGACUGGGGUUGGCAAUGGAGGAACAUCUAUCUGGGGCAAAAAGUUUGCCGACGAGAUCAAACCCAAUUUGACACACUCGGGAAGGGGUAUGUUGGCAAUGGCAAACUCCGGACCAAAUACCAAUGGUUCGCAGUUCUUUAUAACGUACAGAUCCUGUAGGCAUCUGGACGGAAAGCACACUAUUUUUGGCAAGCUGGUCGGCGGUCUGGAAGUUCUUACCGAAAUGGAACGGGUUGAAGUGGACAAUCGGGAUCGACCAAUUGAACCUAUUUUCAUCCAACGAGCCCAAGUUUUCGUGGACCCUUUCCAGGAAGCAGACGAACAGCUAGCACAGCAACGAGCCGAAGAACUGGAACGUGUUCAGCGUGAGGCCGAAGAGAAACAGAAGAAAUCGGUAAAAGCUCAGCCCCUUAAAGUGUUUCGGUCCGGCGUUGGGAAAUAUCUGGACAAGGAAAUCACCAAGCGAUUACCAGACGCAGAAGCCUCCGGUAGUGGACUCUCCAGUACUUCCGGUCAGGUAAAAAAGCAGAAAAAAGAGGAAUUGAUCAGCAAAUUUGGGAACUUCAAAUCGUGGUAAUUAUAAGCUUUAUUACUCUAA